AUGGCGCUGAUAUCUCCCCAAGCUGGCUCCAAUACAACACCGUUGAAUGUGACCAUGGUCGCCGUGGACAAAGACAAGAACAGCGGCCACGCCUUUCGCUGGACCAUCAAAAACAUUGACAACCCCGUCAUCAUUGCUGUCUAUGUCAAACACAAAAACAUUUCUAAUCAGGGCAACAAUGUUUUACCUCCCGACGAAGACGAUGUAGCCCACGUUUUCAACUCCUUACGUCAAAUGUGUCCAGACAACGUUAUGUUAAAAGAAGCAGUAAUCGAUGAUAGUGAGGUUGUGAGAGGAAUAGUGGAAUAUGCACAGAGAAAUCGCGUCAAUACUAUAGUCGUUGGUGCACAACACUCCAGCAAGCAUUCUUUGGCAAGGACUCUUAACCUGCGGAGUGGAAGCAAAAAAUAUAAAGGCCACCAUGUGUCAACAGGCGUAAUGAAAUCAGCACCAGAUUACACUUCAGUGUAUGUGAUUUCAAAAGGGAAGAUAGUGGGAGCUCGACCAGCAAUACGACCAAUGGUAAACAUGGUUGAACCACCUAAAGAAAAUGGAGUAAGGACACAUGCACAUAAAAGUGGAAGCAUCAAUGGAAGAUCAGAAAGAUCACAUCUACUUGAAUUGCCAAGGUGUUCUUCAGCUGGUCACUCGUUGGAUCAGAGGUCACUAUUUAGCCCGACCUUGGGUGAAAGUGACUCUUCCGGAUCGCAUAUGUUAGGGUCAGUAGAUGAUGGAAUUAAACAAGAGGGUGAUUCAGAUUCUCCAUCAGAUUCUCAAUUCACAGCAGAUAUGGAAGCUGAGAUGAAAAAGUUGAGGCUCAAACUGAAGCAAACUAUGGACAUGUACAGCUCGGUUUGCAAAGACGUGGUAACAGCCCAAAACAAGGCUAAAGAAAUUAACCAAUGGAAACUGGAGGAAGAACGUAUAGCUGAAGUGGCUAAGUUGUCUAAAGAGGCAGCUCUUGCAAUGGCAGAAAAGGAGAAAUUUAAAGCCAAAGCUGCCUUGGAAGCAGCUGAGGAAGCCAUUAAGAUGGUCGAAAAGGAAGCACAGAGAAGAUUUCAAGCAGAGAUGAAGGCUAGAAGAGAGGCACAAGAAAAGGAUCGAGCAUUGAAUCAGUUGGCAUGCAAGGAUGUUCGAUGCAGAAAAUACACUAUAAGCGAUAUUGAAGAGGUCACUCAAAAGUUCUCCCCGUCAUUGAAAGUAGGUGAAGGUGGAUAUGGACCUGUGUUUAAAGGCCAACUGGAUCACACCCAAGUAGCAAUCAAAAUUUUGAACCCUGAAGCUACCCAUGGCAGGAGGCAGUUCCAGCAAGAGGUUGAGGUAUUAUGCAGCAUAAGGCAUCCAAACAUGGUUCUCCUCAUUGGUGCAUGUCCUGAGUACGGAUGUUUAGUGUAUGAGUACAUGGAGAAUGGGAGCUUGGAAGAUAGAUUAUUGAUGAGAAAUGAUACCCCUCCAAUUCCAUGGUGGAAACGUUUUGAAAUAGCUGCUGAGAUUGCAACUGCACUCCUUUUCCUUCACCAAACAAAGCCAGAACCAAUUGUGCACAGGGACCUCAAACCUGCUAACAUUCUCUUGGACAGGAACUUUGUGAGCAAAAUUAGUGAUGUUGGUCUUGCAAGACUAGUACCAGCUUCUGUGGCUGAUUCUGUCACACAAUAUCACUUGACUGCUGCUGCUGGAACCUUUUGUUACAUUGACCCUGAGUACCAACAAUCUGGGAUGCUAACAACAAAAUCAGACAUAUAUUCCUUGGGGAUAAUGCUGCUACAAGUCAUUACAGCCAAGCCUCCAAUGGGGCUUGCUCACCAUGUUAAGAGGGCCAUUGAAGAGGGAAAAUUUCCAGAAAUGCUUGAUCCUGUGAUCACUGAUUGGCCACUUGAAGAGGCUCUUGUAUUUGCCAAUCUCGCAUUGAGUUGUGCAGAGCUCAGCAAAAAGGACAGGCCUGAUCUUGCAAAUGAAAUAGUGCCAACGCUUAACCGUUUGAGGGACUUCGGUUUAGUAUCACAGAACAAGCAGAUUUGUAGCCACCCUCAACGCCCUUCCACGCCUACAAAAAGUCCACGAUCAUAUUCAUAA